CCUGUUUCUCGCUUUCUCGCUUUCUCGCUUUCUCGCUGUCACUGCAGUUUUUAUUUGAAAUUGAAUUGGUUUCUCUACUUUAUAUAUAUAUUUCACACCUUCGAUUCGAUAAUCCUCGUCUCUCAAAUCGUGUCAGUCUCCAUCUCUGCUUGUUUAGGGUUUCCUUAAUUGUGGGUCACGAAGAAGGAAGUAAAUGUUUUAUUCACAGACGUUAUUGGCUCGAAAGGGUCCAAUGGGUACGGUGUGGUGUGCCGCUCACGUGCAAAACCGUCUUAAGAAAUCUCAGUACACCGCCAUCGACAUUCCUAAAACAGUUGAUAGUAUAAUGUUUCCUGAGAUACCGUUGGCAUUGAGAACGUCAAGUCACCUUCUGAUUGGGGUUGUGCGAAUAUACUCAAAGAAAGUCGAUUACCUUUACCAUGACUGGAAUGUCCUUAAUACUUGGGUUGCUAAAGCUUUCGUCUCUGCUCAAGUUGACUUGCCUGAAGAUGCCAGACAUGCCCCGCCUGAGUCUGUGACUUUGCCUCAAGCACUCAAUUUAGACGAUUUUGACUUGGAAGAUGACACUCUCGAGAUGGAAUUCGAUAAUCAUACCCGGAGUGAAGAAGAUAUCACUCUCACAGAUCAAAUUCCUACUGGCAUUGAUCCUUAUGUUGCUGUAACAUUCGAUGAGGACAUCAUCUCAGAAUCUAUCCCGAUGGAUGUCGACCAAUCCACAGUACCUAUGAGUGGACAUAUUGGAGAUACUGAUGUUGGAAGGGCUAAUGUGGCAAGAUCAGAAAACGAGCCAAGAGACACCAAUAUUACUCGAGAUAUAGGAACCGAUAGUCCUCGUAACUAUAGUCCUCGCAAUGUCACAGAGGAAAUCCUUGAAGUUCAGGAUCCUAGACAAAGUAACUUGACAGAAAAGCUCAAUCCCAAUAUCAAGAGAAGCGAUGUCAAUUCUCCGGGAAGUAUUCCCGAGAUUGAGAUAAGACGUGAUGCUGCGCACGAAUCAACCCCUGCGUCCCAUCCAUCAUUUCUUGCAGAACAACAUAAUGUCAGAGUUGAACGCACUGAUUCUUUAGAUGAAUCUUUGAAAGAAAAGGACUCCAUUAUCCCUAGUAUUGAUGAAGAAAUCUCAAAUUUAAGAAGGGAUUCGACGUUUGAGCUUCGGUCAGAAUCUCCAGGUUUUGCUGGUUCUGAAGAAGAACGUGCAGAUUUUGCGCAUCCAUCUCCUCAACUGGUGCUUCAGCCUUCUCCUCCUCCCCCACCACAAAGAAGGCCAAGGAAGAGGAAGCUCUUCGAUAAGGUCACAGUACUAACCAACAGGAAUAUAAGACAAAGGCUCCAGGAUCCUAGUGAUACACUUCAUAAGAGGAAGAAGAUGCCUAAAUCUAAAGUAAAUAUCUGGAGACUGAAUAACCUGUCAAAGAAGGAUCAAACUUUUAGUGAGCCCUUAUUGACUGGCUUCUCAGAUGUUUUACGCAGUGUCUUUGAAAAGGACUAUGUAGCUUCAAAGCCAUAUCUUGUUGUUUCUGAUGAAACUUUUCCAGAACCUUCAUCUGUAUCUUCUCCUGCUCGAGGAGCUGAAACCGAAAUUAAUCCAGUCUCUCCAAUGCCAGAAACCAUGGUCCCUGAUUCAACAAAUCGAGACAGUACAGUUCAGCUGUCUCCAGCUCAGCAAACUGAAGAUGUCCAAGAUUUUGCAGGCCCUCAGCCGACGCAUUCAGAGUCUGUAGCAACAGAAGCACAAUCUCCUCAGACAUUUAAUAAUGAGGACAUGGGAUUCGAACAUUUAAGGGAUGGUGGUUUCCCUGUGUACAUGCCAUCACCACCUCCAAGAUCUUCACCUUCUAGAAGUGAUGACUUCACCACUCAGCCUGGAACUUGGCAGACAAGAUCUGAUAGAACAGAGCCUUCAACUUCCACAAAUCCAGAAAUUAUGCCUGAACAAAGAAACUUGGGGCUUUCACCUGUUUCUGAAAUGACUGAUGAGGAACUUUCUUUCCUGGAGAUAGGUGGAAGUACUCCCUCAAGAUCACCAGCUAGUCAGGAUUCUGAUGGGUUGACAGGGAGAACAAGAGCCUUGGUUCAGUAUCUUAAACUACGUUCUUCACAUAGUCCCACUUCAAGCCAUCCUUCCGGAGAUCUAAGUUUGAGCGACAUUUUGGCAGGGAAGACAAGGAAGCUAGCUGCUCGAAUGUUCUUCGAGACUCUGGUACUGAAGUCUAGAGGACUUAUAGAUAUGCAACAAGACAAACCAUACGGCGAUAUCGGUCUGAAGCUGAUGCCUGCUCUUUUUUCAAAGGUUCAAACAUGAAUAAACAAUGAUCACUAGAUUAUUAACAUUGAAGUUUGACGAGCAAGUAGGCAUUUGUUGAUCCCUGGUUUAUUCACAUUUUUGUACAAGAAGUAAAAGCUUUACUCAAGAAAACAUGUGUAAAUGUCUAAAAUC